AUGAAAUAUCUUUCCUUCCUAGCCACCCUCAUCAUCUUCACGACUCCUGCCCUCUCCCAAUACAAUGCCUAUUUCAACCCGCUUAAUACUGCUCCAUACGAUGAUCCCGUCUUCCCCACUUCCACCGUCCGGUGCUCCCAGUACCUCGCAAAUAAAGGCUACCGCACCUUCGCCGACAUCCCCACCUUCCCCAACAUUGGCGGCUUUGUCAACAUGACCGAUGCGACGUGUGGGACGUGUUGGAAGAUGACUAGGGUGGGAGGGAACGAGACGUUGGUGGUGGCGAUGAUUGAUGGCAUUGGUGAAGGUAGCCCUAAUACUGUCACUUUUGAUCUAUCGCAUAGUACGAUGGUGUCAUUGGGAAGCUAUGCUAUUGAUUUGGCCGUUAAUGCGAAGCAGGUUAAACCCUCCUUCUGUGGUCUUUGA